CUCAAUGCAAUGCUUUCUAUUCUCUGUAGGAAAGUCCUCCAAACACCAACACAAUCACCACUCUUUCUCCGUUUUCUUCAAAUCCAAUUUCCCAAAUCAAUAUCCUCCCAAAUCUCAAACUGCACAACCGAACAGCCCUCCUCCCUCACCCUCUCCUACCUCAUCAACACAUGUGGCCUCUCCCCCCAAGCAGCCCUCUCAGCCUCCCAAAAGGUCCACCUCAAAUCCACCCAAAAACCAGAUUCUGUCCUUCAAUUCCUCAAAAACCAUGGAUUCAACAACACCCACAUCGCAAAUCUCAUCGCCUUUCGUCCCCGCUUCCUACUCGCAAAUGUCGAGUCCACCCUUCAACCCAAAAUCCAAUUCUUCCAAUCUUUGGGCCUCUCUGAUCCAGAGCUCGCCGAACUCAUCGCCUCCAAUCCACACAUGCUUUAUCAGAGCCUUAAAUUCCAACUCAUCCCAUCCGUCAGUUUCCUCCGGAGUCUUCUCGAAACCAAUGAGAAUGUAGUGAAAGCAUUAAAGCGGUCGAGAUGGCUGUUCUCGUCCGACCUCAAUAAGACGAUGAGGCCCAACAUCAAUUUCUUGAGAGAACUCGGUGUGCCCAAUUCACGAAUUGCGAAAAUGGUCAUGACCCAGCCAAGAACUCUGAUGCAGAAGUUGGAUUCGUUGAGGGAAAUCACUGAAAGGGUUGCCGCAUUUGGCUUCGAAAGAGGGUCCUUACUGUUCAUGUGGGCGAUCCAUGCCAUGUGCUCGUUGAGCAAGUCAACGUGGGCUGCAAAGGUCAAGCUGUUAAAGAGCCUUGGUUGGUCAGAGGAGAAUGUUUUCGACGCAUUUAGGCGGGUCCCGAUGUAUAUGAUGUGCUCGGAGAAGAAGAUAAGGAGCGGGAUGGAUUUCUUUGGGAAGAAGAUGCAAUGGGAGCCGUCUUUGAUUUCGCAACGUCCAAAGCUUCUGAUGUAUAGUAUGAAGAAGAGGGUGAUUCCAAGAAGCAGAGUUUGGGAGAUUUUGAAAUGCAAGGAGUUGGCGAAGGAGGAAGAGCUGAUUAAAAUGUUGGAUUUGAAGGAGGACAGGUUCUUGAAUAAGUAUGUGACGAAAUAUGAACAGGAAAUUCCGUAUUUGAUGAAAGUGUAUGAAGGCAAGCUCGAAUUUAAGUGGUUGGAUGCCAAAGGCAGUCAGAUUCGAAAUCCGUGUGAUGUCGUUCGGCGGUGAUGGUGAUCUUCUCUUUAGUCGUGCUGUUUCUUAUACUUCUUGUUUGUAGUUUGUCUUUUUUUCCCCUGUCAAGAUGUGGGUUUUCUGCCAUUUGGUUACUGAUUCUAGUUCGAUUUGCUAAUCUGCAAUGCAAUUUUCA